AAACGUAACAAAAUGUAGCAUAAAAACAGUAAACGUUGCAAAAUAUCGAGGGAAAAAGACCGAAGUGGUAAACUCAAUUAUCUAUGCGAGAAAAUAAAAGGACACUCUCAAGCUGGUGAUAUUGAUAAACAAGUUAAAUAACAGGUUAUGCGUGAGCCUCGUCCAAUUUUCACAUCAAGUAUAUGAGACAAAGAUCAUAGUUGGCUAAAGGUAAAUAUAGUAAAAUUUUACCCCAGUUUAGACUUCAUAUGUAUGGCAGUUUAUAUAGUGAUAUAUGGUAAACUCAAUUAUCUAUGCGAGAAAAUAAAAAGGACACUUUCAAGCUGGUGAUAUUGAUCAAUAAGUUAAAUAACAGGUUAUGCGUGAGCCUCGUCCAAUUUUCACAUCAAGUAUAUGAGACAAAGAUCAUAGUUGGCUAAAGAGAUAUCAUUGCCAUCUGCACACAGAUGUGACGCCUUCGGAUCAAUUUAGGCGACUCCAAGUUGAACAAUGAAUCAUUCAUCAAGGUUUCUUAUCGCGAUACUCAUUUUAGCUUUGGUCUUUGUUGCGAACACUGAAGAAGACAGCCUAAUAAACAGAUCAAUACAAGUCGAAAAUAGAGUCGUUAGAACUCUUCCAUUCCGUAUACGAAAGAAUGUGGACGAGAGAUUAAAUUUCACUGCAUCCAGUACAUCUGAACCUAGUCCUGAAGGUGAUGGUACAUCUGAACCUAGUCCUGAAGGUGAUGGUACAUUUGAACCUAGUCCUGAAGGUGAUGGUACAUCUGAACCUGAAGGUGAUGGUACAUCCGAGCCUGAAGAUGAUGGUACAUCUGAACCUGAAGGUGAAGGUAAAAGUGAGCCUGAACCACAACCUGAAACAUGGCCUGAACCAGGCCCUGAAUGGGAGAAAGCUUACAAAUUGUGGAAAAGUGCAUGGCCUGCACAUAAUUACAUAUUUGCAAUAAUAUUUCUGCUGAUGGCUUUCUAUUCAGGAUAUUACGUCGUAUUCAAUGUCAAAGAUGGUCUACGUAAGAAAUAUCUUAGCAUCUCAUUAAAUGUUAUGAUGUUCAUUUUAUCCAUAACACGUUCGUUUGUAUUAUUCUUUGACCCAUAUCACCAGGGAACUUUAAUGAAAGAAAAACUUAUUCUUCAUAUGAUGUGGUCGAUUGGAACUCCCUGUUUGCUGGCUUCGGAUUCUCUGUGCAUCCUGGCUCUAGCGGAAUCGGCAAACGUGAAUUUAACACACCAACGUUUUCAACGUUUGUCAAAUAUUUUGGUUGUAAUCUCCCUACACUUUGUCUUAGUCAUAACCACAGAUAUCGUCGUGUCAGCGCAUAUGAGCGCUAAAGUUAUGAUCUUAUUCUGUCAGGUAUUCUCCGUCAUUUGGGGAUCGUUCUUGGGUUUCUGGUACAUUGCUCUCGCGCAAAAAAUGAACAAAGUCUUGUUCAAAGCGGCUGGUCGACGUAAAACACGAGGAGACCGUGUUUACUUGUUGCUCAUCUACCUUUCCAGUGCUGCAAACCUUUUCACAUGUGUUCUGAUCAUUUACUCAGCAGCUGGAGUGUUUGGAGUCUACUCUGAAGUAGAGUUUGUCGAGGCGUGGCCAUGGUUUACUCUACAAACUGGCAUGCGAACUUCAGAGGUUUUAGGGGCUCUGCUUGUUUUUACCGUGAGUGCAAAGCGUAAUAGGAUGAAGAACAAGGUCGACAUCAUCAUCGUGUGUGGGGAGACAACGGAGGGGAGGGAAUCGAGCGAUACUUUAACAACAACGCAAACACUUAAUAAUUUGCACGGUCAACAUUUAAACAUUCCCUCAUGGAAGCGACCAUCACAUACGUCAGCAGAUAACAGCGAAGGUUCACGCUCCCCCCGUGCACGAAAAAUGAGCCUUUUCUCGGAACUGCACGAGACCAAGUUAUCAGCAACAGGUGUAGGAAAGACACAACAACGAAACUCCUUCCUUAUAAGCAAAACGUCCGGUAAAAUGGCUGGAAAUUUGAACGUGCACCCAACAAAUAACAACGUGUCUGGGAAUGGUAGACGGAUGAGUAUGUUUUCACAGUUACAAGAACUAAAACUUUCAGCCAUCGGAAAUGAUUCAGACGUGCACGUGAAUGACACGGUUCAUACGCAUGGGAAUAUGACAGAGAAGAACGUGAACACGAGAGACGAGCACGUUUCUGACACGACUAAUACACAUGGUCAUGUCACCGAAACAUAUGAAAAUAUGACAGAUGGACACGUGAAAGACACGCAUAAUGUAUGGAAGAUUACGAGGAGCAACGAGUGUAGAAGUUCACAAAGGAGCCUGUUCGCAGGUCAACAUGGAAAAGAAAAACUGGAUGACAUGAAAGUUUUGGAAUAUAAGGAAGACUAAAAAAACUACGAAGCCUGAAUGGAGAACUUUCCUAGCUACACGACGAUUAAUACAGUCAUCUGGGACUGAGAACUUCCAAGCUCAACCCCCUAGAAAAUCCUAUGACACCCCUCCUCCCCUUGCACGUUGUAUCACAUUGUAUAUUUUGAAAACAGAACACGACACACAAGUAUAAUACAUAAUUUAUUCGCAUCAAAAUCGGGCCAUUAUAUAAUGCUUAUCUGUAAGAACCAUAAAAUUUAGAUUACAUGAUAUUCUAUACAAACAAUUAUACCGAACCUA